CUGUUACCACAAUUAGAAGGUGAUGGUGACGACACAAGGUCGAUGUGUUAAGGUCGUAACUUUGAAUCUUCAUGUGCAGUUUAGCUUCUGCAGGCGGCAAAGACACUGGUAUUUGCAAGAACAGGUGACUUCUGGAGCCUCAACAUGUCUGACCACGACGAUAAUCAAGUUGCAGUCCCUCUAAUAGAACCCCAUGACAUGGCAGUUUUCCCGAUUCAGACAUCGGAAAGGAGACUGUCUUCUGCCGUCGUUUCGGUCAACAACCAACAGCUUCUCGUUGUGGGACUGGUUGAGCAGGCAACGAGCCGAAUCGACGUCCCAGAGAGAGACGAUGAAGAACGCUCACCGAUCAUCAAAAAGGGGAGGUUCAGGAUGGCGGAGAACACACUCGUUUGCGCAUUGUCCGCCCUCUACGCGAAGCUUCUGGUCGUCCUUGGGGUGGCGUUCCCGGUGACUGAAGGUCUUGCACCCCAAGUGCCACUUUCCUUCUACCAGGGUUUCUACUUGUACCUGUACCUAGGAAGCAUAACCUUCAUGUGUUUCUUAUACGCCAUGACACUUAAGGAAAGAGCAGUCAAUAACAUAAUCAGCAGACACAGAAGGACAGGCGUUGUGUGUCAGUGCCCGGAUUCGUGUUAUAAGAAAGACAUCGUGCGAUAUGGAAGCUUCUACUUGCGACUUGGAGCGAUGGGGUUCGGUAUCGGAAGUAUGGUGUACUCUGGGCUGGAGUUCGGGCAAUACUUCGCAAGGGACUCCCAUUGUGACGACACAGUUCUGGUCUUCAGGUCGGCAACCAGAAUGUUGCUGACACUCAUGCAAAUACAAUUCAUGUUCCUCAACAACAAAGAUCUGAAGAUGGGGCGCUACGUUCCGGUGGCGCGGUUCGGCCUGAUGCACAUGAUCGCCACUAACCUGUGCGAAUGGCUGUACGUGCUGGUAGAGGAAACCAAACACGAGAUAGAACAUCUGAGUCAUUACGAUGUUUCAGAUCACGCGAACGACGAGGAAGCUAACGAAACGGACGCCGCUUUCAACACAACCGAACUGCACAGACUGAGGCGUGGCGUACCUUCACAUCUCUGUUCCCGAACCAACAUCGUGGGAAUGUUGGUGCAGAAGUCCAGUCCCUACCUGUUUCCCUGCACUGUAGAGUACAGCCUGAUCUGUGCAGUGACCCUGUACGAGAUGUGGAAACACAUCCGGAUUCCGCCCCCUAUCAGGGUAACCCACCACGUGUGCAGCCAAAGCAUUGGACGAGAUUUUAGCAGCAAUAGUCUGAACGGGCUGCGGUCUGCACACCACUUCACACUGGACUGCGACAGCUCCCAGAAGGGCCUAUGUGCUGGUAUCCUCGUGCUUGUCCUCACCAUCAUCAGCCUGGUUCUCUUCUUAGUUCUGCACAAUGAAGAAAAUUACGUACAACUCGCUGUGUACGAGGUCAGCAUAUGUGAGAUGUGCAUUUACAUUCUCUGCACCCUCGCAGUGCUCGCGUGCAUGGUCCGGAUCAGAGUACUUCCUGCAGAGACAGGGCAUGGUCUGGGUCUGGACAAUUCUCUGUUGGUCAUGGCUCAAGCUGGAAUGUAUGUGUACUGCAUAUUUUCCAUCAUCGGUUUCAACUAUGCUGAGAAAACAGACGUGCCAGGUGGCGCUGCAAUUGAGAUACUUGCUCUUAUGCAGACGACGGUGCAGACAAUCCUAGUCCUAGACGCCUCCAGCAGGCGCUGUAGAACGAAGGCCGACAGGAGGCGAAAACCCGGCCGCGAACUCAUCUCUUUCCUGCUGGUAGCUAACGCUGCCGUGUGGAUGAUCAAUGUUAUGCAGAAGGGACAUGCUGAAUAUAGCCCUCAGCACCUCAAGUUCUUCGGCGUUUGGCCAUGGACAGUCAUCACCCACAUCUCUAUGCCGCUGGCCAUUUUCUAUAGGUUCCAUUCAACUAUCUGCCUCUUCGAGAUAUGGAAAGCAAGCUACAAACUGAAGCGAGAACAUUGCUAGGACCGCUACACAAGGAAAGAUUUUAGAAUCAAUUGUGACAACAGAGUAAAAGGUGCAGUCUGAAAGUUCAAUGUUGCGAAGGGUGCUUUGUGUGCCAAAAGCAUAAAAACUGUUCGACCGCAUGCGCGCGCGUAUGCCGUUCCUUUUAACAGAACUUUCAGUAACCAAAAUCACGCGAUAUGUCUUAAAUUACUAGUAUUUCUCGGAUACGUAACCUCAAAUUCAAAUGCAUCUUUUUAAAAAGUUGAUUAUCCGUUUCUUCCAAGCAAACCGUAAAAUAUUAAUUCAUUUAAAAAAACAAAACUCCGUAGUUUAAUGCUAAUUUUGCGAAUCAAACAUCAUAACCACACAUAUUCUGUAACAAAUUUAGAUCAACGUAAAAAGCUACAAAUUCAAAAUUAUGCCGAAAUAUAAACAUUCGGUAACUUGCAUCUCCUAAUCCAGAUUACUUAGAGCACAAAUGCAUGUCUUCAAAAAAGCAACAUAAAUCGGUCAAUGGCGGUUUAACAAAUAAAUCUUUAUAAAAUGGUUACAAAAACAUCACUCGUCUCUUAAAACCAACCAACCAAUCUAAUUCGGUAAGAGUUCAAAAUACAGUUAUGGAUUGCAGAAUACUAAGUGAGAGCUAACACUGAAUAAUUCUUCGCGAAGGUUUCUCAUAUUUGCGCAGAGAUCGAUAAAUUAACUUUAUUUAAGCUUAAUUUAAGGGAUUGUCAGUAGUUCAGACUAUAAAACGUCGAAUGACAGGAUGGGCAAUAAAUACUGAAUUGGUAAUGAUAAGGUGGAACAUGAUCGUUUGCUUUGCGGUAUUAGCCCAGCAUUUGCAUGGGGCGUUCGGCGAACUCGAUAAGAAAAUAAAAUAAGUACAAAAUGCCAUACACACAAAAAGCCAGAGUAUAACUCCAUAACGAAUAAUAUACGUGCUUUAUCCCAUGUUGUCAAGAGUAAAAAUACAUAAAAUUGCGUAAGACUUGAGGUUCUCACAGCGGUGAGUAUGAAGAUAUCCGUCUUCAGGGUUAUUGCGCUGUGUAGUCUGGUCGAUGUUAACCAACGUUUCAGAG